CUUCUCUUUCAUUCUCAUCUGGUAGGCAAAUUCCUAACAUCCCUUCAAGAUUACUCUUACAUUGUUGACUUCAGCUGAAGAGACAGACACCUGAUUUCGUGUGCACUGGAAACUAUUUUAACCCUUCCUCACCUUGCUGAAACUGCUUUGCUUUAAAACAAAAAGCGUUUUGUUGGUGCAAUUGCUCGUAUUGAAGCCGAUUGUAACUUGGGAGCAAUGUCAUCUCUGCUUUCUCAGAAAAAAGAUCAGCCGUGCCUCAAAAAGGAAUUUUAUGAUUCUAGUUCAACUUCAUCUACUGCCAACACCAGGAGCCAAAGGCAUGAAAGACUAUCCAGAUUGGGUCUUACCAGGACCGAAGUCCCAAAUGACUCAUCAACAAACCAUGCCGAGUCAUACUUCCUGCAGAGACAAAGGAGACUUUCUGCAAGAAAAAAGGCUGAAGAGGAGAGCAUGAACAGCGAGUACAAAAAGAUGUAUGAAAAGGCUGUAGUAACCAAUGAAAGACUCAAGUCCCGUCUGGAAACAAGUAAGCAGGACCUUGCAGUGAUUCAGGAGCAGCUGCAGACAGCACAGAACCAGAGGACUUGUGACUCAAGCUCAAAAAUGCUUGAAGCAGAAAAACAGGAAAGUUGGAGCCUUAAAAAGAGGAUAUCAGAUAUGGAAGAACAGUUAAAGGUUAAAGCAGAGCUGAAGAUGGAGAACCUUAAACUCAAGGAUGAGAAUGGAGCUUUAAUCCGCGUCAUCACAAAACUUUCCAAAUAAAAUGAAGAAAAUAAAAAAAUGAAACGAGUGGAAACCGAACCAAGAAAACAUCAAUAUACUGUAAAUCAUGUGGACAUUUAUAGACUAUCAAAAAACAGCAGUUUUUCUUUUCUAAUUUGUACAUUUGAGUGUGGUAAAUACACUGUAGGUGAGUGGGAGAAUUCAUUGUAUCAAAGUCUGAUUGCUCAUUAGCUCAGCUGGUUGAGUGAAGGAGAAUCUGUGCAGAGAACGUCACCUCAUGUAGUUCUUUUGCUGCUUUCGUGUAGAAAUAUCAUAAAAAUUUUGCUUGUCUGCUGUCCACCAAACCGUAAAAUAGAAAUGUUUGAAAUCUAAUAACUAACCUGCUUUUUACGCAUUUUACAGUUUAUUACAUGUUUAUGUACAUUCACAACACAAGUAUUUAAUGAUGUUAGUUUGUUUGUGCUUUGUUCACUUUGCUAAUUGCACUGUUUAUCUACAAAGAGAGCAUUCCACUGCAGCAUUUAAGAAGAACAUCUAAAAUAAAUAUAGAAAUAUAAAUAUACAUAAAUGUAACAUCAGAACUACUUACAGGAACCAAUAUUAAAUUACUUGUAAUAAAUGAGGAAUAUGACAGUAAUAUAUUCUUUGUAAUUGGUAUUUUAAGUGCACUAAUUUGUUAGUAUUUUUGUUAAAUAAAGUCAUUUUUAUUAUAUAAA